UGGCUUUCGCAAAGGACAUCAAGAACAUGUUUUCAGGCAUUUUCUUUUAUUUUUGGUUGUGAGCCUAGCUUGUGACAGCUGGGCCAUGUCUCUCCUGUCAUUUUCCUUAGCCCUAUUAUUUUUACAGGAUCUUCUGGCUGAAUGUUGCAAUAUUGAAAUCCACAUUGGUUUCAUUCUUAUUCUCAAAUUCAGUUUGGAUAUGGCUUCCGUCUUCAAAGCGUUUUGAUGUCCUUGCCGUCCUACAUUUCCAUGCCCAUAGCUUCCAUACCUGCAGAGCCUGAAGGGCCACUGCUGAUACCUAUCUCUGCCUUUUCCUAUCUUGCUGCAUAGUGAAAAUUCCAGAUCCACCGCUUACUGGCCUUGUGAUUUUUAGAUAAGUUUGUCAAUUUCUUGGAACAAUAAUUUCUGUAUAAUGAAGAUAGCAAUAAAAUUCAUACAGGUUGUAUAUGCACACUUAAUAUACAUAUAGCUCAUAUAUGUAUUAACGUUGCAAAUAAUAAGUGCCCAAUAAUGGUAGAUAUUAUUAACCUGAAAUCAGCCUUCUGUAUUUAGAAUGUUGUACUCUUCCCCCACCCCAGAUCAUUAUCGAUCAGAUCCAGGACCUUAUAUGUGUAAGGCACAGUGAUCUACCACUGAGGUAAAUCACUAAUCAAAAUGUUGCAUUCUUGUGUACUAUCUGGUACUCAUUAAUUAAGAUAUUUCUCUUAAACAGAUAACCCUAAUAAAUUCUCUAGCAUUGUUCCUUUUCAUCUUGUGACAUGGGACAUGUUGUUCUUCCCCAUGCCAUGCCUUUUACACAACAUUCUUUUGAAAUUGGCAUGCCUGACCCUCUCAUUUCCUAUAGCUUCCCGCUCUGCCUGGAGGCAGGCAGCUACCAAAACUGACAUUCAGAGGGUUAAACCUCGUUGCUGUAGCCAUCCCUCCUCCUGCCAGUGCCCCUUUUCACUGUAGGCUGGCAGCUGUCCUAACUGCCUACUGAAGCCAAAUGCUUGAGCAGAGAGAGAGUAAGGAGCCAGCCAUGAAUCCCUUCCAGAAAAACGAGUCCAAGGAAACUCUUUUUUCACCUGUCUCUACCGAAGAGGUGCUGCCUAGACCUCAAAGUCCUCCAAAGAAGCCUCCACCGCCGAAAAUCUUUGGCUCCAGCUAUCCACUCAGCAUUGCCUUCAUUGUGGUGAAUGAAUUCUGCGAACGUUUUUCCUAUUAUGGCAUGAAAGCUGUGCUGACCUUGUAUUUCCUGUAUUUCCUGCACUGGAAUGAAGAUACCUCCACAUCUGUAUACCAUGCCUUCAGCAGCCUCUGCUAUUUCACCCCCAUCUUGGGAGCAGCAAUUGCUGACUCGUGGCUGGGAAAAUUCAAGACAAUCAUCUAUCUCUCCCUGGUGUAUGUUCUUGGCCAUGUAUUCAAGUCUUUGGGUGCCAUACCAAUACUGGGAGGAAAAAUGCUACAUACAAUCUUAUCAUUGGUUGGCCUGAGUCUAAUAGCUCUGGGGACAGGAGGUAUCAAACCCUGUGUGGCAGCUUUUGGUGGAGACCAGUUUGAAGAAAAACAUGCAGAGGCACGGACUAGAUACUUCUCAGUCUUCUACCUCUCCAUCAAUGCAGGGAGCUUGAUUUCUACGUUCAUCACACCCAUGCUGAGAGGAGAUGUGAAGUGUUUUGGGGAAGACUGCUAUGCACUUGCUUUUGGAGUUCCAGGAUUGCUCAUGGUAGUAGCUCUUGUUGUGUUUGCAAUGGGAAGCAAGAUGUACAGGAAACCACCUCCUGAAGGGAACAUCGUGGCUCAAGUGAUCAAAUGCAUAUGGUUUGCUAUCUGCAACCGCUACAGGAACCGUUCUGGGGACAUUCCAAAGCGACAGCACUGGCUAGACUGGGCAGCAGAAAAAUACCCAAAGCAUCUCAUUAUGGAUGUGAAGGCCCUGACCAGGGUACUGUUCCUUUACAUCCCACUGCCCAUGUUCUGGGCUCUUUUGGACCAACAGGGCUCACGAUGGACACUGCAAGCUAACAAAAUGAAUGGUGAUUUGGGAUUUUUUGUGCUUCAGCCGGACCAGAUGCAGGUACUAAAUCCCUUUCUGGUUCUUAUCUUCAUCCCAUUGUUUGACCUCAUCAUUUAUCGGCUGAUCUCCAAGUGCAGAAUUAACUUCUCCUCACUUAGGAAAAUGACUGUUGGAAUGAUCCUAGCAUGCCUGGCAUUUGCAGUUGCAGCACUUGUAGAGAUAAAGAUAAAUGGAAUGACCCAUCCACAGCCAGCUUCCCAAGAGAUUUUCUUACAAGUCUUGAAUCUGGCAGAUGGUGAAAUAAAGGUGACAGUGCUAGGAAGGAGAAAUAAUUCUCUCUUGGCGGAGUCCGUCAACUCUUUUCAGAACACAACACAUUAUUCCAAAUUGCACCUGGAAACAAAAAUCCAAGAUUUACAUUUUCAUCUGAAGUAUAACAACUUGUCUGUCCACAAUGAGAACUCUGUAGAGGAGAAGAACUGUUACCACUUGGUUGUUCAUGAGGAUGGGGAAAGUAUCUCCAGUGUGCUGGUAAAGGAUACAGGAAUCAAACCAGACAACGGGAUGACAGCCAUUAGGUUUAUUAACACCUUGCAUAAAGACAUCAAUAUCUCCUUGGAUGAAGAUGUUCCUCUCAGUGUGGGCAAAGACUACGGAGUGUCUGUAUACAGAACUGUGCUAAGAGGAGAGUACCCUGCAGUGCACUUUAAGACAGAAGACAGAGACUUUUUCCUCAAUUUAGGUCUACUAGACUUUGGUACAACGUACCUGUUUGUGAUCACCAAUAUCACCAAUAGGGGUCUUCAGACUUGGAAGACAGAAGAAAUUCCAGCCAAUAAACUAUCAAUUGCGUGGCAACUACCGCAAUAUAUCCUGGUUACAGCAGCAGAGGUCAUGUUCUCCGUCACAGGACUUGAAUUUUCUUAUUCUCAGGCUCCAUCUAGCAUGAAAUCUGUGCUCCAGGCAGCCUGGUUAUUGACAGUUGCAGUAGGGAAUAUCAUCGUUCUUGUUGUGGCGCAGUUCAGUGGCUUGGUACAGUGGGCCGAAUUCAUUUUGUUUUCCUGCCUCCUGCUGGUGGUCUGCCUGAUCUUCUCCAUCAUGGGCUACUACUAUGUCCCUAUAACGUCAGAGGGUGUUCACAAGCCAACGGAUAAGCAGGUUCCUCAUACCCAGGGGAAUAUGAUCAACCUAGAAACCAAGAAUACAAGGCUCUGAUGGCUCACUGGAUUCCUAACUAAUUCCCGGCUCUGGUUUCUGCCAUCACUUAUCUUCAAACUUAUUUCCCCCACUUCCAGGUUAGGAGAAGGAGAUAGCAUUUUAUCUGAGUGGAUCAUCUCCAUUUUCUACCACAAUAGAGGCAAUUCUAGGACUAGGUUUUCAGGUAUAUCUUUAAGCAAGAAUCUGAGAGACACAGAUCAAUAAGGCAAUGUCUCUCAAGCUGGUCCAGUAUCUCCAAAUGGCCAUGAAAAUACAAAUGGGUAAUAGAGAUGAGUCUCUGUGGGUAUGCCAAGUUUGGGAGACUCCUUUAUCAGAUAUUUAGAACUGAUAACUCCACUUAUUGAUGUGUUGGUUUUGGAAGGGAAAAUGCAGAAUAAUAGAGGAAUGGUGUUUCAAGUUUAUCGGUAGUAUAACUGUGCUAUUCAUGAAGAUGUCAAGAAAGGUAUGCGUGGUAUGAUCUAAUCCACAGGCAACUUGUCAGCCUCUAGCAAGUUUAAUAUGAACAGCAUUUUAUCAGCACAUGGAAGAUACAUCUUUCUGAUUACCACAGCGUUUCAUCUACUUAUCCAAACACCCCUUUCUCAGUACUGCCAAACCACAAUUAAAGGCAGUAAGGGGACAUAGAAACACAUAGAAAUUAUUCUUUGUUCUUUAGUGCACAUUUCUAUAAAGAACUCCAGUGUUUCUGCCCCGAGCUGUGUGUUUCUGGGGACACCUGUCUAAGAAACUAACUCUAACUCUGCAACCCAGCCUGUUCAGUGUUGCUGGGACACCUUUAUCUUAUUAUUACAUCUUAAGUUGCUUAUUACAGCGAAUCUUCAGUAACAAAAUGUUUUUCUAAUCCAACUUCCUCUAAUUUUUUCUGUUUAACUUCUUGCAAUGUAUUUUUAGUUUUUCCGUAAUUUUUGUUUACAUUUCUUCCUUUAGUCUUAGGAAUUUCCCGCUUGUUGAAAAGGGAUAAUUCUUCUGUCUUAGGUUUGAAGCUCUAAAUGGUAAUAUUCAACAAAUGGUCAGCGUCCUGCAUGAGAAACCUGUCAAAAUCUGCAGGGGUGGGCAAAGCAUGUAUACUUUCUGUUUGUCUGUAUGAACAAAAAGUGUCAGGAAGCAGUAUCUCACAUGCAAUGUGUGGAUCAAGGGACAAGAUUGGGAAUAUCAGCAUCAGGACUGUGUCAUAUGUCGCUAGGAGAAAAGAAUCACAACCCUUGUAUGAAAGACCUCUUUUCUACUCCUUUUACUACUUUGUUCCCAUCUACAGCCAUGCUGGAUCACUCACACAUUGUUAAUAAUGCAAUACGAAUGUAAGAGAAUUUGCUCCAAUUCCUCAAGCUUUAAAUACUGUAGUUUUAAUGACUAAGAUUUCAGAAGCACAGAAGGGGUGGCAACACCACCCAUUUUCCCCAGAUAUCUUGUUGUUGUGAACCUGACCAUACUCCUUUAGAAGAUGUUCAUUUUUAAGCAGCUUUAACCAAACUAUUUAUGAGUUUUGUUUUAAGUGACAUUAACACUGAUCUGUGAAUAAAAGUUUUUAUGUACAAGUAAA